CAUUGACUUUGCUCACUUCGGACCGGGGCGCGGGAAGGUGUAGGUUGUCGGCGGAGAGAAGCGAGUGGCUCGGACGACGCGGGGCCAGAAGGGCAAGACCGUCCGCUGGCCACAGCCGGGACCGUCUUCCGCCCCGCGACACGAGCCACCCUCCGGUCCUCCAUCCCCGUGCCGUCGCCGCCGGCCGGCCCGCCCGCCUUCUGUCCCCCGCCGCUGAGCUCGACCUCCAAAAAGCUGAAAAAAUUAUUAUUGAGAGUCAUAGCCCAUACCCCCUCACUCGCUCCCCCAUCCUCAACGAAAAAAAGGACACAUCGGCUCCCGAGAAGGGAGAGCGACCUCCGCCCCGCGCCCAGGACCGCCCUGGAGGAAGAAGCCGCCCCGCGGCCGGCACACCGCCCCGCCGCCGCGGAGACCCGAGUGACGUUGUCUGGAGCCCAAGGCUGCCCACCUUACAUUUCCUACCACUGUCCUUGGCUUGUGCACGUGCCUGUGCUGAUUCUCUGCCUAGGAAAGGACGAUGCAGCUGGAGAUCAAAGUGGCCCUGAACUUCAUCAUCUCCUACCUGUACAACAAGCUGCCCCGGCGCCGGGCAGACCUGUUUGGUGAGGAGCUAGAGCGACUCUUGAAAAAGAAAUAUGAAGGCCACUGGUACCCUGACAAGCCACUGAAGGGCUCUGGCUUCCGCUGUGUCCACAUCGGGGAGAUAGUGGACCCCGUGGUGGAGCUGGCUGCCAAGCGGAGUGGGCUGGCGGUGGAGGAUGUGCGGGCCAACGUGCCCGAGGAGCUGAGCGUCUGGAUCGACCCUUUCGAGGUGUCCUACCAGAUUGGUGAGAAGGGGGCUGUGAAAGUGCUCUACCUGGAUGACAGCGAGGGCUGUGUUGCCCCAGAGCUGGACAAGGAGAUCAAGAGCAGCUUCAAUCCCGAUGCCCAGGUGUUUGUGCCCAUCGGCAGCCAGGACAGCUCCCUGUCCAACUCCCCGUCACCGUCCUUUGGCCAGUCGCCCAGCCCCACCUUCAUGCCCCGCUCCACUCAGCCCAUCACUUUCACCACCGCCUCCUUCGCAGCCACCAAGUUUGGCUCCACCAAGAUGAAGAAGGGGGGCGGGGCAGCGGGUGGGGGUGGGGGGGCCGGGGGCGGGGCAAAUGGCCAGCAGAUCCCCCCGCAGCAGCCCCGCAUGGCCCGCUCUCCCACCAACAGCCUGCUGAAGCAGAAGAGCCUCUCUCUGUCUCUGCAUUCACUGAACUUCAUCGCCACCAACCCAGCCCCUCAGUCCCAGCUCUCACCCAAUGCCAAGGAAUUCGUGUACAACGGCGGUGGCUCUCCCAGCCUCUUCUGUGAUGGGGCCGAUGGCCAGGGCAGUGGCACCCCGGCCCCCUUCGGGGGCGGUGGGGCUGGCACCUGCAACAGCAGCAGCUUCGACAUGGCCCAGGUAUUUGGAGGGGGCGCCAACAGCCUCUUCUUGGAGAAGACGCCCUUCGUGGAAGGCCUCAGCUACAACCUGAACACCAUGCAGUAUCCCAGCCAGCCGUUUCAGCCCGUCGUGCUGGCCAACUGACCGCCCACCUGCCCGUGGGGCCAGGAGCACCCAAGACCACAGAAAAGAGAAAGGAAAGGAAAGGCCAAAAAAAAGAGGAAAAGAAAAAUACACAAAAAGAUUUCCAAUCUGCUCACUCUAACUUCUAGAAACAAGAUCCAGCCCAGGCAUGGAGUGGGAGGGGGCUCCUGAAGCACCGAACCGUGUUUAGCUCAGCCCCCCUGCUGUUCUCCUGCCUGCCUCUGAUUUAUCUGGUUGGUUUGGGUUUUAUAUUUCUUUUUCUUUUUUUCUUUUUUACAUGUAGUUUUCUAUAUAACAUCUUUAAUUAGUGGCUUCCUGUGCUAAGAAUGGUCCAGAUGUGAAUUGCUGCUCCCUGCUCCCUCCCUCCCUCCCACCCUCCCUCCUUCCCUCCUUCACACGCCUGGUUUAGGGUUGGUGUGUCCCAGCUCACAGGGAAGGAAGAACCGCGGCUGGGGCCUCAGAAUAGGGAGAGACUGCCCCGUGUCACUGCCGUCAUCAACCAGCUGUCCUCUCACUCAAAGCCAUCCAACCUCAGCAGGCCUUCUCGGGCCCUGCCACCCAGAUAGGUCUGACUCCAGCCCCCGCUUCCUCUCAGGCCUGGGCCCUAGGGAGCUGCCAGCUGGCUACUUGCCACCCUCCCCCUAGAGCUGAAGUCUGUGACUCCAGGGAGGUUAGGACUCUGUCUGGUGUCCCUUUCAUCUCUGUCCUGUGGCCCCAUGCCACCAUUCCCACCUGGCCCAGACCAUCACCGAGGCCCUGGAGACCCAGCCAUUGGCACAUGUGGCUCUCUCAUGUAGCCCCUCCUUUCCUGGGCCUGAGUUCGUGGGUAGGGAGGUGGGGUGAGUGCAGGUGUGCGUGUGCAUGCGUGCGUGCGUGAUUUGCUCUCCUGUUUUAAAGGAUUCCGAGCCAUGUGAAACUUCCCCUCUGGAUGUGAUUCCGGGUUGCAGCAAGUGUUUAUUUAUGUGUGAGGGUGGGGAAUGCACUGGGGGUGGGUUGUCAGUCCUUUUGUGGGGUGCUUCACGUGGCGGCGCGAGACUGUGGCUGAGCCUGACGCUCCCAGAGGAAAGCGCUGCAGAAGGAACUGGUUUCCAGACUGCGGAGGGAUCUGCACUUUUGUUUGUUUUUGACCAAAAAAAAAAAAAAGGUUAGCAGUGAGGGGCUGAGGGAAUACCCAGCCUCUGAUACCUAAGAGAAGUCCCUGGACUCGGACCCUCCUAUUGUGUGACCUUAGCCCAGGGUGGGAAACGCUCACCUGAGCGCCGUGGGGGGUGGGAGUUUUGGGUCAGUGCCUGUAGUGGGCAGUCCAAAGCCUUGAAUUGAGACUUUCGUCUUUUGGCUGUAGAUGUUGCUUUAAUACAUUUCUUCCCCUGCCUGCUUGAGAACCUUUUGGUACCUCUUGCCAUCCCCUCACUGCCAGACCCAGGCCCACUGGGCCCGAUGCUGUGAGGAAUGAUCUCGAGCAGGCUGGGCUGGACAGGCGCUUGGCCACGGCAGGGGGCGUGUCUGGGUUCUUGAAGAGCCCUCCCCACCUCUGCUGGAGAGAAGUUACCUUGACCCAACCCUAGUGGGCUAGCUUCCACGCCAUGACGCUUUGGCAAGCGGGCACGUAGCAUCAGGGCCCCCAUCACCAGAAAGUACCAAAGCCUUUGGCACCCCACCCUCUCCUCCCCAGCGACCCCAAGUGGGCAACUGCUGUGGCAGCAGGUCCGGCCCAGACAGCCGCUGCCAGCCUCCUCUCCCUACAGUGGGCACCAGCUCUACCUCCCCGCGCGGGGCGAUGCCCUGGCUCCUCGGCCCGGCACCGUCUGUCCCCCCUAGACUUCUCAGGGGCCGGCCCAGUGUGGGCCACCCUCUCCCUACCCUCAGCUCCCGCACAGGUGACAGGCCCAGGCUGCUCUCUGGGAAAGGUUGGAUGCUGCCUUAUGCCCCCUUCCAGCCCCUCUUCCCCCACUCAUGCACACAGGCACCCACCACACCCUGGGUGGCUUGUUCCUCACCACAUCCGGGAGGGGGAGACCAACCCCUUAGUGUCUUUUGAAAUACGAAGAAAAAUGUGUGAUCAGGAGCAUGACUCCUGUGCUGGGCUCUUGGGCCCACUUCAGUCUGUCUGUCUCAAAUCUAGGCAUUUUUGCUUCAAUUUUAUUUCUUUUUUAAGAAAACAAAACAAAAGUCUGCACUAAUUUACCUGGUUUCGUAGGAAAACUUUUUUUUUUAUUUUUUACAUUUUUUGGUGUCCGUUUGUAUUGAAUAAUUUGCUACAUUUGUAAAAUGUAAGAGGUAUAUAUAAUAUAUGUAUAUUUCUAACGUAAAAGUAAUCUUUUUCUUUUCAAGAUUUUUUCUUAAGAGGAGAGAAAGAUAUUUUUUCAGGAAAAACAAACUUUAAAAUAAAAAAAGAGGAGAAUAAAACCUAUUUCUCCCCUUUCCCCAUCCUCUCUCUCUCUACCCCUCUUUCCCAGGAACAAGUCAAAAGGUGGAUCGUCUUGUAAAGAAAGUAAACUUUUAGUCCAGAAUGAUGUCUUUUUCUCAAUGCAGUGAGCUGUAGAUUCUCUAGUUUGACCCCUGGGGAUGGGAAGGGGGGCACUGAGGCAACAUGGAGAGGAGCUCGGGGGAGCAGGGUAAUGAAUUUGUUUUCUUUAGUGAAGGAGGAAUACAAUCAAGCGUUUUGUAUUCAGAAUGUUGUGCAAUAUUUUGGAAUGGAACAUUGGUGUGUUUAGAGAUUUAGUUUAAAAACAAAACAAAAAGAUUGAUCAAAUCUGUACAGUUUAUAUUGUUCCAGAUUUUUUUAAGUUUGUAUUAAAAGCAUGGUAUAUAAUAA